AUGCGCUUCUCAAUCACCCUCGCCACCGCUUCCCUCUUCUCCCUCGCGGCCGCCAACGUUCAACUCGGCGCUAUCCCCAUCACCAAGCUCUUCGCGCGCGCCGACAUCACCUGCGAGUCUGGCGACAUCGUCUGCGGCGAGACCUGCAUCCCGGAGAGCUACACCUGCUGCCCGGACAAGCUGGGCGGGUGCAAGGCAGACGAGUUGUGCCAGAAAGGCGACAAUGAUGAGUACGGCUGCUGUCCCGAGGGCGAGAUCUGCUCUGGGGAUGGUGGAGCGGAGUUCAUUGAUGAGAAGGCUAGCACAACCAGUACCGCUUCCAGCAGUUCAGCCACUGGGUCCAGUAGCGAUGAGCAGAAGGCGUCUGGCGCAGGUGCCCUGAGGGCUGGCAGCGUUGUUGUGGCUGUUGCUGCUGCUGUUGCGAUGCUGUAA